AUGCAUCAUCACAAUACAAUUUAGAAUAUUUCUCAAUCGUUUUUAGAAAAGAUUGAUAUAUUUGGUAUUGGAAUAGCAAUUAGGUUUAAUCAUUAACCUACUCAUAAUACUAAAUUUGGAGGUUUUGUUAGUUUAAUGAUACUAGCAAUAAUCUUUUUCCAAGUUACUAAUGUUUUGAUAGGACUUUUUAUGUAAAAAAAUCCAUAAGUUAUAUAAUCUGAUGAUUAUGUUUUCUAGCCAGAACCAUUCUAAAUAACACCAAAAUCAUUUAAUAUUGCUAUGGGACUACAAGAUGUAAACUUUAAUUAGUUUAUGGAUGAAACAGUUUACAAAAUCAAAGCUACACAAUAAAAUUUGGUUAGAUUUUUAAACUAAACAACAAACAAAAUGGAUUAAAAGUGGACCUAUAAAGAUUUAAAAAUGUCUCCUUGUACUAAACAAAACUUUUAAAUAGAUGGUAUUUAAAAUUACUUUCUAGACUUAAAUUUUCCGAUCAUGUAUUGUUUUGAUACUAAUGAAGAGGAAGCCAUCAUAGAAGGUGAAUUUUCUGCUAAUGUUUAUAGAGGUAUUGUGAUUGAAUUCGAGGAAUGUAUAGGAGAAGGUUGUGCCUCUAAAGAAAAAAAAUCUGAAUUCUUGAAUAAUCCUACUCUGGGAAUUUUUUUUUCAAACUCAAUCAUACAAGUUCAAAACAAAGAUAAACCAUUUUUGCCAGUCGGAAAGAAUCUUUACUGGCUUAAUGGUCCAGAUUUUCAAAAGUAUUUAACAUUAAAUUUGAUGAAUACAUAUGUGAACACUGAUUCUUCCUACUAUGGCUCAUCUUUUAAAAAAGAAAGAAUUGUCAAUUUCAGCUCUUCUGAUGAGCAGGUGAUCCCUAAGACUGACAAAGUUAUGUUUAGGCUGACUAUAGUUUAUGAAAAAAACAGAGAAGUCAAUUUCUACAGAAAAUAUAUUAAAAUAGAUGAAGCAUUUUCAUAGCUUGGUGGUAUGUUUAACGCCCUUUUAUCCAUAGGAUAUAUUAUCUGCUCUCCUAUUUCUUAGCUUGAAUUGAAUAGAAAAUUGCUCAAUUCUAUAUUCAACAUUACAGAUGGGAAAAAUUAAGAAGAUAAAAACAAAAAAAAUACUAAAAAAAGAUUACCUUCCUAAACUAAAAAGGUGAGAGAAAUUCUAAGCCCAACAUCUUCAAACAAUACUUUUAGUAUGAACACUCCUAGAAAAUAAAAUUUACAUGAUAUGAUAUCAACUGUUUAAAAAAAUAAUUUACCAUAAAAUAAAUCUCAUUCAAUCAAAGACGCAGCAAGAGAUUUUUUCAAAACACAAUUUUCUGAGCUAUAGGUCAAGUUUAAAGACUAUAUUUUUUAUUAUUUUAGAUACUUUAAAAGUUUCUAAACCACUAAAUAGAAAAUAAUUACUUAUGGAACUAAUAAGUUAUAUAAUCACUUAGAUAUAUUUUAUAUAGUAAAUAAACUGAUAGAAGUUGAGAAGUUGAAAUACUUAUUGCUUAAUGAAAAUUAAAUAAAGCUAUUUCAAUACCUUCCUCGUCCUGAACUUAAAAUUGAAGAAAUCGACCUUGACGAAAAUAUAGACCUGAGUUAAAAAAAUGCUUUAAUGGAAGAGUAAAAUUAGUAGACAACUAAUUUUUUUAAUUAAUUAUAAUAAUCAUCUCCAACAUCUCAAUAAUCUACAAGGAUAAAAUAAAAAACAAAUAAAAAACAGAAUCAAAAUACAAAAUUUUCAUUUUUUGGCUAAGAGGAAAAGAGUUAACAAGAAAAAGCUUAUGAGGCUCAAAAAGCUUUCAACUCUAUAUACGAAGGGUAAAAUAAAUCAAAUUUAGAUGAAAAAAUUAUUAAAAUGCUCGAUAUAAAGUUAGUAAAUCUUUUUAAAGAAAAUUCUUUUGAUCUAGCAAGUAAUAGACAGUAAUUUUAGUUGAAUCAAUUUGAAUAUAGGCAAGAAGAAAAUGAUUUAUUAAGUCUAAAUAGAACUUUAAAAAAAUGUUAAACUCAAUUUAGUAAUCAGACAGAUAGAUUUGAUUUAGAUGAUAUAAUAAAGUUAUAAAAAUCUAAUUCAAACACAUUAAAUAAUAGUUUUAGAAUUCAAAACCCAUCGUCCAAAACUUAAGACUAAAAGGAAAAUGAGGAAUCUGAUAAGAUGGAUUAUAUCAAAGAAAGUAAUUUAGAUUAAAUAGAAGACUUAAAAUCAAUUUAGUAAACAGAUCAAUAAUAUUUUCCUUCGCAUAUAGAAAAAUAGCAUAGGAUUUAAGCAAAAAAUUUAGAUGAAGAUGAUACAUGA